UCGCUAGAUUUGUUGCUAGAAGGGUCUGAGUAUUCGCUAAAUAUAGCGACCAAGUCGCUAAAUUGGCAACACUGCGUGACGAAAGGUCAGGAUAAAGAUGAGUCUGUGACGGAGGAGGGCAAUUUUUGGAAAAAAAAAGUGGACCCUUGCGGUUUGGCUUAUCCAUUUGUGGUUUCAGUGUGGGUGAAAACAUAGUUGUAUGCUGUGGAAUCGGUGAGGGUAACCAAAAGUGGUCUGUUGAUAAUUGUUUGUGUUUCUGUCGGUCAGAGGGAGCAAGCGCUCGGUGUUAAAUGAAUGGGGACAAGAGAUGUGAAUUGUUUUACUCUCAAUUGAAAAGAGUGAUUACUAAAGUAGCGGUAAAUGUGAAAGUUGACCAACUGAAGGGGAUGUUUGUUUGGUGCGAAUCAGACCGGGUGGCGUGAGUGGCGAAACAGUAGAGCCGUUGUCUGUUCUUUUGAGUUUUGAUGUUGAGUCUUUGCCCGACAAAGUGAUUGUUAGGAUAUGUUAUCCUGUACGAGCUUUUGUGCCGAAAUCCAUUUCGUUGUUACAGGUGUCAAGCUUAUGGGCAUGUUGUAGGAGUGAGGUUCUUAUGUGUGAGAAUUAUGCAGAAGGACAUGAGGGAAAGGAAUGUGUAACAUUGGGGGAAAGUAGUGGUAUGUGUUAAUUGUAAGGGUGCCCAUGGGACUGGGGAUCAGAAAUGUCUGCUGUGAGAAAGGCAGGUUGAGGUUUCCAGGGUAGUGUAGAGGACACUGCCUCGUAUGCUGAGGCAGUGAAGAAAGUUUAGGAAGAUGGGGUCAAAGGGGAUGGAUCCUGAGAUGAGUAGUGUUGUUACUAGUAGAUCUGUACCAGUACAGAGGGAAAGACCAAUAUGUGAUAUGUUUCAGUAAGAUUGCAUUUUUAGCUUUUAUUGCAAUGGUUAUCAACUGUACUGGAGGGAUGGAACGUAAGUCGCAGAAAAGUAAGGUUGUGGUGGCACAGAGAGGUAUUUGGGUGUACCAGGCCUGACAUCAGAAGAGUUACAGGGUGUGUUGAGUGGUGGUGUCCAGUCCUUUCAGACUGUUGGCCUGAGGUAGGACUAGAUAUAUUUAAAUAGCGUAGUAGGGUGUUGGAUUUUUUUGUGUUUGGUUAGAUGGUAACGGUGUUUGUUUAUUUAUUUUUAAUUCUCAAGACAGGUUUAGUGGGGUUUUACUCCCUUCUAGUAGGUGGCGGUAAUGCAACAUUUAUUGGAUGCCAACCUCCGUUAAACCUCAUCAAAGAAUACGUAUGUAUGUUAUUUACGAUGAGCAGUUCCCCACAUUUAGGGGAAUUAUGCGUUUUCAACAGGGGAUUAAGGGUGUAAUCAUUGCAAACAUCAUUCCAAACAAUUGCAAAACGAAACGAGAGUUUAUUGGAUAAAUUCAGGUAGGUCCCGCCCACUUUGUUCCGUUUGCUUCCGGUACGAACAAAAACUGCACUGACAUUAUUAUCCUUAUGACGUUACUCGUAAUAAUACAACUUCUUCAUUUACGUGGCAUCUGAAUUGUUGCAGAAUACAAACUGCUCCAUUUAGCUAAAUCCACAAUAAACGACAAGUAGUGCUGUUGCUUCUGAUUGGGUUAUUUAAUAAUCAACAUUUAACGUGAGAGAUGGCGCACACGGAAGGACUGGAAAAUGCAAUGGGAGAGUGUUCAGGAAAACAGGGCUCGACUCUUGGCCUGAGAAGUCGACCAUGCUCCAGCGAAAGAGAUGGCCAGGUCCGCGUUGUUAAAGCCUCGCUUCAGGAGAGACUCGGACCUUACGAGCCGGUGUUGACCUACCUACAGUCCGUUCUGGUGUGGGAAAGGCCGUUUCAGAGUGUGCUACUCUUCACAGUGGUCAACGUUGUGUUCUGGUUCUUUGCCCUGACCUCGCUGCGCCUGCUCUUCCUGCUGUCCUCUGGCCUGGUUGUAUUCAUCUGCGUUGACAGCUGGAGGAACAAGAUCUGGCCUGAGAUCAGAGUUAAAAAACCUGAUGAGUCUGAAAAUGAAAGCUGGGGCCUGGUGCAGCCAGGGGUGCUCAGUGUUCCAGAGCUGUGUCACCACAUUGCUGAGGUCUGGGUCUCUGGGCUGGCCUUCACAUCCAGGCUGGUGCAGUUCAAACGCCACAACCCUGGCAAGUUCUGCCUCCUGACCUGUGCCCUCUUGACCUGUCUGGUCAUGGUUGGACGGUACAUUCCUGGACUGGUGCUCUCUUACUCUGCAGUACUGGUUGUUCUGCUGUGCCCCCUGGCAGCAUACCACCGAGUGUGGCAGCGUGUGUGCAUGAAGCUGGAGCCGGCCCUGCAGUGGCUGGACUUCAGCGUUCGCGGGUAUAUGAUGUCAAAGCCCAUCGACAACCAGUUCCUCCGCAAGCCAAUUCGGGGUGCAGCAUCCGAUGAUGACAGUGAGGAGGAGCUUGCUGCAUUCUGCCCGACGUUUGACGAUGCUAUAGUGGCCAAAGAACUUGCGAUGACGGACUCUGAGCACUCUGACGCUGAGGUCUCAUACACAGACAAUGGGACCUUUAAUCUGUCCCGUGGCCAGACUCCUCUCACAGAGGGCUCAGAAGAUUUUGAUAGACACAGUGACAAUGAGGAGUCGUUUGCACGAGACCUCAAUGACUUUCCCUCCAUCAACCCAGACGCCACCCUGAUAGACGACGAUGACGACUCCUGCAUUGGGCUGCCCAGCCUGGGUCUUCGGUCUGGGCGGACUGGCCCCCGAACCACGGCCGAGCUGCUGGAUGUGGAAUCCCACCUGGACUCUGACCAGGACGACCUGGACGAGGAGCUCUCCUUCGGCGGCCUCCCCCCUGCUUCUGACUUCCUCGGAGGUGACCUGGCUGGAAUCAUCGCUAGCAACAUGAUUCAGGCGGCAUUGGCUGGUGCCAUGCAGCCUCGUCCCCCUGCCGCCCGCAGAGAGAGGGUGGGGCCCACCAGAGCAGGGGCCCAUAGGGGCUACCGCAAGCAGUCUAGCUCGGAGCUGGACACAGACUUGGACGGAGAGGACUUUGAGAUGCUGGACCAGUCGGAGCUGAACCAGAUGGAUUCCUUUGGGGGUGCAGGAGGACGGGGAGGAGGGCAGGGUGGGGGACAGGGGUCCAGCUUCCUCUCCAACCUACUGGGGAAACCACAGUGAGGUGCCUCUACCUGUGCAUAACAAUCAAACUAAGUAUUUGUGUGUGAUUGAGUGAUUGGAAUGUUUAUGGAUUGUUCUGACUGCGUGUAUGUUUGAGUCAUUUAAUCGUAGGAUCCAGCAGCCAGGCUCCUGAUUGGCCUCUGUUGAUAUCACUGUGAAGUACUUCUGAUUUCUAUCUCACUUUUCAAUUUCUUCCUUUAGUCUGUAGCUUGUAUGUGUAAGCCACCAUCAUCCAGAAAGUCUUCUUUUGCAGGCUGAGCAAUAGGAAACGCAAUGUAAAAAAAAUCCAUCUGUUUUUGAAACAGCAUUACAGAACCACUUCUCUGUCCUGUCAUCCAGUAUGCCCGAGUGAGUAAUAUGUUGUUUUUUAGUCUACCACUAGGUAGUAUACACAUUUCCUAAAAUGCUAGACACACAGGGCUAUUUAAUAUGGGACCAAGUAUGACAUUCCUGUUGAUUAGUGAAGUUUUACAACUGCAAUGACCUUGUUUUGAAUAGUUUUAGCAAUAUCUGACUGGUACUCUUUUAGUAAAAACCAAUGCUUUAAUUUUAAGACACUCAUUCUCUAUUAGAAACAAAGUAAAUAUUAAUGGUGAUAUAUUUUUAGAUCAUUCUUGAUUGAAACAUUAAUUUGUUUCGAGUCUGAAAUCAUUGUUUUAAAGAAAGGGGAUUGGCAUUUUAGUUACGUGUUUUACUGUCUUCCCAAACCAUUGGUCCUGUUUUGUUUGCUGUACUUCUGGGUAGAUCUGUGAACGUAGGGUUGCCUCCUGUGUUCUCCAUGUGUCUUGAAUGAGUAGUCAUGGGCUAUUUAGAUAUUGUUGUCUUUGUCAUCACAAUAAGUAACUUUAUCAAGUUAACCUGCUCCCUGUAUCCCUUCUCCCAUGGCAUUCCCAAUCCCUAUCACCAUCUUCACUCAUUUUUGUCGAUCCUUCUCAAAGGAGAAUCUGUAGAAUAGACAUGCACAUGUAAGAAGUACAGAAUAUAAACCUUUGAGUUUAACCUCUAAACUCAUGCAUGAACCACAUUUUGUAAACGUCUUAAGAAAUUCAUCAGGAAAACAUGUUUACAUUGAUGGGUGAACAAAAUGCUGGUAUACAAAACUCAACCCGAUUAGCCUUUUUUUUUUAAAGUGUGAAUAUGUAAUAUGCUUGUCUUUUAAAAACUAGGGUGCAGUAAAUGUUAGCUUUUUUUUUUUGUGCGGGUCAGCAUGAUUAACCUGCGAUGGGCUAACAAGCUCCUGCUGCUUUUGUCUUUUCAUGGACACAAUCCAAUAAAUAUGAGUGGUGAUUCUUGGUCAAUGAAACUGAAAUGACCCACAGGUGGGUUUUGCUGACGUAGCUGGAUCAAACAAUCAGAAAGAGACUGCUGGUAUAUAUAUAUAUAUGACAAAUUGCCCAAUAACGCUAUUUGUGUUGUAUAGAAAAUCAUGACUGUGGGAUUACCUACAAUAGAACUUCUAGAUCCCCUGUUCAUUGACAUGGCCCCGAAAACAAUAUGUCUGAUCUGAAAAGGUUUGGGAUUUUAAUCAAAAAGAGUGAAUGUACAUGACUUGUUUUGGACCACUUUAGUUUAAAUAGGGCUUGUUGCAGUAUCGGUUCAUGAAGACGGCCAGGCCAGGCAAUUCUUCAUCCUUAGUAUUAUGUUCUAUAAAUGUGUUCAGUAGUUUUUGUUUUCUUUCUCUCUGACAUUGGUUUUGAUGUGCAAAUCUUAUUAAAUAUGAAGUCUGGAUUAAA